AUGGAUUCACCAGAACAUAUUCGGAAUUACAUGAAGCGUGAUGUAGAGGAUAAUUCAGAUGUAAAGAGUGAUUGUGGUGGGGAUGAUGAAGAAUGGGAGAGCAGUGAUAAGAGAAAGCACAAGUCAAGCAGGCCUAGAAAACCCAAUAAUGGAGAAGAAGUUGAGGGGUUGGAUGGCAAUGGAAGAAGGAGAAGUUAUGGUGAUAGAGGUGAGGGUCGUAAGAGGUCAGGCGGCUCUAGCAGAGCUGAUAGUGAUGAAGAUGAUUAUGACACAAGAAAAGAUCCGCGAUCUAAGCAAAUGAAGAAGAAGCAAGAGGAAAGUUCAUUGGAAAAGUUGAGCAGUUGGUAUCAGGAUGGAGAGCCAGAAAACCGGCAAGAUGGCGGGGAUAAAUCGGGGAGUAGAGGACAUGGUCGGAGUGAUGAGAUUGAAAGGAGGAGAAUCAGCUCCAAAGUCUCAGAACAUGAGAGUACUCGCAGCGAAACACGUGGGAUGGAUGUAAAAAUGCUGGGUGUUCCGCUGGUCUCUCUCUGUCCUCCCGGACCAUCUGGUCCAAGAUUCUCUAAUAUAGGAACUCCACCAAACCCUGGAAUGUUCUUCAAUCAAUCAGGCCCUGGACGAGGGGGACCUUCCAGCAUAUCUGGGCCUGGUUUUAACACUUCUGGACCAAUUGGACGUGGAACACAAUCUGAUAAGAGUUCAGUGGGGUGGGUUCCUCCUAGGACAGGUGGACCUCCUGGUAAAGCACCUUCCAGAGGAGAGCAGAAUGAUUACUCUCAGAAUUUUGUGGACACUGGUAUGCGGCCGCAAAAUUUCAUCAGGGAAUUGGAGCUCACCAAUGUAGAGGAUUAUCCCAAGCUGAGGGAGCUUAUUCAGAAAAAAGAUGAGAUUGUAUCUAAAUCUGCUUCUCCUCCCUUGUAUUUAAAGUGUGACCUGCAAGAAGUUGAGUUGUCCUCUGAUUUAUUUGGAACCAAGUUUGAUGUUAUUCUCGUUGACCCCCCUUGGGAGGAAUAUGUUCAUCGAGCACCUGGUGUUGUUGACCACAUGGAAUACUGGACAUUUGAAGAAAUACUCAAUCUGAAGAUUGAGGCCAUAGCAGAUACUCCUUCUUUUAUCUUCUUGUGGGUUGGUGAUGGUGUGGGCCUUGAACAAGGUCGUCAGUGUUUGAAGAAGUGGGGUUUUAGAAGGUGUGAGGAUAUUUGCUGGGUUAAGACUAACAAAAGUAAUGCAACACCGGGCUUGAGACAUGAUUCUCAUACCUUGUUUCAGCAUUCAAAGGAACACUGCUUAAUGGGUAUAAAAGGAACUGUUCGGCGCAGCACAGAUGGUCAUAUAAUCCAUGCCAAUAUUGACACUGAUGUAAUUAUUGCCGAGGAACCUCCAUACGGUUAGUGUUCAUCAUCUUGUGAAUGGUGGCUCAGGUUUUCAUCAAUCUGUAAAAUUUUGGAUAUAGUUGCCACUUGCAUGCAGCUUUUCUUAUCAUUUUCAGAUUUCAUUACAUGCAUAAAAUUUUCUUCAAUGAUACAUCUGUUCUCCUUUUUUUGAGCAAAGUUGUUGAAAUGUGAAUGGAUGAACGUUAGAUUAUAUUUGCUAUGUCAUAUUGGUAAACUUUGAUGGUCAGCCUAAAAUCAUUGUUCAUUAGCAGUGUAAUACGGUGGCCAAAUGGCAUGAUGAUUCAUUCAUAUAAAAAUUUCCUCAUCUUUAACAUGGUCUUGCAAUGCCUUUCACCAAUUGCGCGUGGUGAUAUCUAGACUCCAGUGCAAACAUAUUGCAUGCAAUACAGAAUAGCUUGGGGGGAUAAUAAUAACUCACUGUUCCUUCUAUUAAUUAUGCUGCCUGCAGUGAUUCAAUCCUUGUGACGUAGUUCCUGGGAUGUUUAUGCUUAUUCUUCUCUGUCAGUCUUAGAUCUAUUAUUGAUGUGUUCAGCAUGAUGAGAUUACCAAUACUUACCGUGUUAUGCUUGACAUAAAAAACGUGGUUUUGAAACCUAUAAUUAUUACAACGGAGAUGCAUAAAUAUUGACAUCCCUGGGAGUCAACAGUAAAUGAAAUUGAUGGAGAGAUGGAAAGAUGGAACUAAUACAGUUCAAUUCUAGGAUCUACUGGAGCGAGAAGAAAAAUCACCAAUAGUAGCUUGUGAUAGUAAGAUUUUUGAGAUUGCUCAAGAUCUUUCCUUAGAGGACAACUCCAAGGAAGUUCCCUGCUAGGAAAACUUGACACACAAAUUGGUCAUGGUGAUUUUAUUUCAUCACAAGGACUUUAUACCAAUAAACAUUUGAGUGUUGUAUUAUCUUUGUUUUUAACAAGAACAAUCAAUCUUAAAGUUCAUUAAAUCUUUUUUGGAAAGCUGUGAGAUCUUUCUACUUGAUACUUUGCUACUUCAAAACUUGAUCACGAGUUUUCUCCAACCAAGUGAGAAUGAUGCAAAAUGGAUUAGAUUUAGAUUAGCCAAAUGUGUUAUAAAUUAUAAUCUAUUAAGUACAAAACGAACUUACCGUUUAUUAUAAUACUUCUAAACAUAAAUUAUAACAUUAUGUAUUUUAAUCUUUUGUAUACGGACGGUGCCCCUUGACACCAUUAAUCAAUACAAUCUUACACUUUUAUUUAAAAAAAGCAUUAUGUAUUUAAAAAAAAAAUUAUAACAUUAUGAACUUUAGGAUUUUAUUCUUUUAAAUGUAUAACUAUUCUACAAUUUUGGAAGUCUACUAUUAUAAUAUUAUGAACUUCAGGAUUUUAUUCGAUUUAGUAAUUUGUUUUCUUAUUCUUAUUAGAAUCAAUGUUUCUUAAUUUGGUCCUAUUUGGGAAAUGUUAUUUAUGAAGGACAACAAAUAUCUUCACAAUCUCAUCUUCUUAGACAGUUCAGUUAUUCAAUAAGGACUUAUGUGAGAAUGUUUUUGAUUUUCUAGUUGUGUGAUGUAAUCAAAUCGAUAAAUAAUGCUUACAAAUUCUUAUGUAUGAUAUACAAGAAGUCUUUCUUUUUUUAACAAGUAAAAGAAAUAUAUAUUAACAAGGUACUGAUGCAGAAUAGAUUAGUUUAAAUUUCUGAAAUACAUUAAAAAUAUGAUUUUAUUAAAUAGAAAACU